UGCCUACCGCGUCGACGAGAUCCUUGCCGCGUCCGACGACGUCUCGGGCAAAUUUACACCGUACUAUCAGGAACCGGACGCUGAGAAGAAGAUUGCCAUUGUAAAGGAACUCGCGGCGGGCGUGCUCCCGACCUUGUUUGCCGGUAUCGAGGCGCGGCUCGUUGCAGCUGCUGCCAAGGGCCCGUAUCUCUUGGGCGAGACGCUCUCGCUCGCCGACUUGGAGCUGUUUGUCGUACGCAUGACCGUGCAGUCGGGCGAGUGGAUCGGUGCUCCCACGACGCUCUGCGGCGCAUACCCGCGCUGGAAUGAGAUCGCAGACGCCGUCGCCGCCCUCCCCAAGAUCCAAGCCUGGUACAAAAACCAUCCGUAA